AUCCCACGGUGAAUGGAUGAUUGAUGAAGGAAAAAAAAGCUAUCAAACUUCCAACAUUUGUGUGGUGGCUCUGUGGAAUUACUGGCCGCAGAUAGGCAGCAAGCGGGUGUGAAACGAGCGAUAUUCCAGCAGCGACCGGAUCAGAAUCCAAACCCGCAACAGCAACAGCACCACCCAGCACGGUAGCGACACAUUAUUUUAUCAACGAGGUGCUGCAUGUACUCUCAAUUGGAACAUUGACAGCCGUGCUCCCUCCUCACAGUGAGCACCACUUUCACCUUCACCCGUCGCCGUGUGUCUGCUGAAGACAAACAGCACACACACACACAUUCGCGCGUGUAUCGCACCGCACACACUGCCAAUCGUGUGUCUUGCGCACACCAGCCACAAAAGAGGCCACAAAACCACGGAGAGGGGCCAGAAACAGUAGUGAACAGGCCAGCAUCACCAUGCAAGCGAUUAAAUGCGUUGUCGUCGGUGACGGUGCCGUCGGUAAGACGUGCCUGCUGAUCAGCUACACAACGAACGCGUUCCCGGGCGAAUACAUCCCGACCGUGUUCGACAACUACUCCGCGAACGUGAUGGUCGACGGCAAACCGAUCAAUCUCGGGCUUUGGGAUACGGCCGGCCAGGAGGAUUACGAUCGGCUCCGUCCCCUGUCCUACCCACAGACGGACGUGUUUCUCAUCUGCUUUUCACUCGUCAAUCCGGCCUCGUUCGAGAACGUGCGAGCAAAGUGGUACCCGGAGGUGCGCCACCACUGUCCGAACAUACCGAUCAUACUGGUCGGGACGAAGCUCGAUCUGCGGGAUGAUAAGAACACGGUGGACAAGCUGCGGGAUAAGAAGCUCGCACCGAUCACGUACCCGCAGGGGUUGGCCAUGGCGAAGGAGAUUGGCGCGGUCAAGUACCUCGAGUGUUCGGCACUGACGCAGAAGGGCCUGAAGACGGUGUUCGACGAAGCGAUCCGGGCGGUCCUGUGUCCGAUGAUACCGCCGAAGAAGAAACCCAAGUGUAACAUCCUCUAAAGAUUGUUCGCUUUAUGUUUUUUUUGCUCUGUUUUAAAACGUCAAAAGAAAUCUACAAUCGCGCUUUUGCCUCUAGCUCCUUCCGCUCCUCCUCCGACCGCUCUCCCUCCCCCCGUCACCGAACGGGUUAGGGCUUGUGGGUGGUUUGUGUAUAUGUGAAGGAACGAUCGUUUAAAAUCGGCACCACCACAUUCGUCCGUUCCUGUCUUCCCGCAGAACACCGGCACCUACCCUCUGUCCAGCAGCGCCUCUCCCAGUAAACCGCGAUUGUGUAGCGAAACGAACACGAGCAAAAGCAACGUGAGAACGAGAAGCGCGCACGCACAGGACACAUAAAACAGCAAACACACACACCAGACACACAGGACAUGCCGGAAGGAUCAUAUCUAUUAGCGCAAGCAAAAAGAGAAUCAAAAACCAAUCACACCGUUGGUAAAGAUGUUUUGGGGAGCCUGUCUAACGCGGGAAAAUUUAAUUGGACCGAACGAUGGAAUACGGAAGCAAACAAUUGGAAACAAAAACGAAGCAUCUUUCACCAAGCGAGUGACAUCAAGUGAAAUAGAAAUGCGUGAGAUUCCAUCACUAUCAUCAUCAUCAUCAUCAAUCGAGCCCCAUCGUCGUCGUCGUUGUCGUCGUCGUUGUCGUCGUCGUCCUGUUCACACAUCAUUUCCCGGUCAUCCUGCUCAUCAUGAUCCGCCUUUAUCAUAAAGCAGUGGACCUCAUGGCGCCGCUCAUCGGGCCCGAGUGGCGUGACCUUCCUCCUGUCUGUCUCCCGCUCUCUCUCUCACACACACACUAUCGCUCGCCCGCUGUCCCGUUCCGUUUAAUUUUAUUCAGUUUAGUUAUUUUUUUUUUAUUUUGUUAAUUUAAUACACUCGAUGCAAGAACCGUGCACACCGCACAGAACAGUAGAAGGUUGUGAAGGUUAGAGCGUACGGAAUGCAAAAACGCAAGGAAUUCAUGCAAACAAGAUGCGUGUAAAGGACACUGUUCCGCGAUGGGCGAAGCAGCAGUAGCAGCAGCAUCACAGCAGCAUUUAUCCCUGUACAACCGGUGAUAGCAGACAGCUUCAGCUGUAGAUGGCAAAGUUUGAUCAUCCUUCACCACAUCACCCGGGGCGGGGAUGCGUACACGGUUGCAGUUGGUUUAGCUCAAAAGAUAAACACUUCAUCUGAAUUCAUCUGCUUUACACGGUGUACCUGCUUCCCGCAUUUCCUAGAUACGUAGGCAGGCAGAAAAUGUAUCUAAUCCAUUCGUUUUUAGUUACAACGGGGCACACUACACUAUACUGCUAAUGCCACACACGUGCAUGGCAAUCAUGUGUGUACCGUAAUGUGUAGCUCGAUCAGUGUCAGCUUGGUUGUGAUUUUUUUUUCCUUUAAUAAGCAACAUGCAACUACUCUUGCGCGCGCGUAGUUCAUGCUACGAAGAAGCUUAUUUUGGAGAGAGAAAAAAAGUUAAUUUAGUUUAUAAACUUUCGAGUAAUCAAUCAGUUGUUUAAAGCUAGGGCUUUUAAGUUUCAGCAGGGUAGUUUUGAAUUUUUGCACUCUGUCGGGGGGAACCCCAUCGGUUAGGCGCCGUUUCAUGUCCGCUAUAGUUUGUAUUUUUUUAUUCUUUUUUUUUAAAUUUAUUUUCUGUUUCUAGCUUUUACACUCUAAAGGGGAAAAUUACACAAAGCUCUAUUAAACAGGACGCAUUUUUGCACUGCUACCAGUUUCUUCCUUUCUUUUUUCCUUCACUCUUUCUUCACAAUACUUUUUCUGAGAGACAGUCAGAGCCGGACGGGACAUUAAGCAAUAGACCCUAUAGGAUGGGUAUUAUUCAAACACACACACACACACUUGUGCACGCGAACUCCUUAUUCACACGCUGCAAAGCCAUGUUUCACGUUGGGAGGGAAGGUUGCUGCAUAGCUGGGGGGGGAUAGAGUAAAGGACCCUAAAGCUUGGAGACAGAGAGAGAGGGAGGGAGAGGAUAGGAUUAUUGAGCAAUUCUAAGUAGACGGCAAUCGACGGCGUGUGUGGUGUAAGAUUUUAGUUGAAACGAUUAAAAAAAACAAAAAACCUAAAAUCAAACAAACUAUGUAAGAUAGGUGUGUAUGUGCGUGAGUGUGCAUGUGCGUGUACGUGUAAAACAAGAGUUUCACAAAAUGGCGAGACAACGUGGCCAGUUUCAAAUUGGCCAAACACAAAGGGCAGAAGGAUUGUGUCCGUACUGUAUGUGUGCGUGUGUGUGUGUGAUGAUUGUUCUUUAGAUGAUAAUGGCGAAAAAAUCAGAGAUUAAAACUCACAUUACAAGUCAAAUAGCGCGAACCGAAAUCCUGUGCAGAAGAGCCUAGAUGUUAUUCUAAAACCAACAAAAAAGAAGAAGAAAACAAAUCAGAUAAUAAUCUGCUUCCUUUUUUUGGGUACUACUUGUCCUUCCAAAACAUUAUGCUUUGUCUACUAAUUUACCCAACGGGUCCUGCUGUGUCGUGCUGGAUCGUAUUUUUUUUGCUCUACUACAUAGGACGGCGCUCAAUAUAGCCACCAUAUCUUGUUAUCAAGGAACAAUCAUUUACCGUACAUCAUCCUGCGAUCAGCUGCGUAGCUUCCCAUUGCUGAAGGCGGAAAGGCCGUAGACCAACUUCCGCCAGCCAAUAGGUCCUUAAAAACAAGUCUCCAUAUGAUUAAAACAAUGCUCAGGUCCGAGAUUACUGUUAUCACGCUGCGCACAUUGUGCUAAGUUGUCUUCACACGGCAGGACCGGGAGGGGGCUCAAAUCCCACCCGAACCGUUCCCCCAUAGCUGAGGACUCUGACGUAUGGACGUUUGUUUUUCGUGUGAUCGGCAAAAUCCAUUUUUUAUACGCUUGCUCACACUUCUCCCCUUUUCUCUAGUGCCCGUGUAAAAGUGUAUAGAUGUGUGUGUGUUUUUUUCACUGUUGUCCUGCUGCAAAGAAAGUGCUUUUUGUAAUCGCUGUUUGUGUAUGAGUGGGUGUGAACGGGUGUGCAUGUGUGUGCGUGAGAGAAGGCGCAACGCACAAAACCCGUGCGUCUAUAGCUCUUAAAAAAAGAGAAGAACUCUUUAACCAAAAUAGUUGUAACAGUGCGAUCGAAAAUCCCACAAACACUCUCACACACACAUGCUAGCCACACAGAAAAAAGCCAAGCAAAAAUAAUAAGAAAAGGGGAACGAAGCAUCCUGUGCCCCAGGUGAAGCCAGUGUGGGACAAGGCGGCCUGCCCGUCGCCGAAAAAAAGGGAUGUUUGUAGGCUGAGGGCGCCAAAAAAAAAAUAAAGGAAGAAGAGCGGACAAAAGGAGCGAAGCAGAAGCGGAAGAGGAAAACUUUAUAACAAAGUGUAAUGAUGCAUUAAUAUUAGGUAGGCUCUUGAGAGAUAUAUAGGCGUGUGCGCUUUUCCUGCGUUUUUGUUUUAAAAAAACUAACAGACGGGGAAAUGUGUAGAUUAAUACAAGUGGCGAGAGAAAUAAAAAAGAAAACAAAUGACCCCAACUCCCAUUCCCCCCAUCUCCCCUUCCGUGUGUCACUGUAGGGAACCGAUUUAUACAAAAGAGAAGCAGAAGAAAGCCCCACAGAACGAACGUAUAUAUACACCCAACUUCAAUCUGGAACAAAACGAACACGACAAGAAAACAAAACCGGAGACAAGAUGUGUAAAAGAGCGAGAGCGACCGAACGAGAGAUGUUUUAAAAAACUGGUAAAAAACAAAACAAAUUUGAACUCCUCUACAACAGAUCAGGUGGAGACAUGUGCCCUGCCAAAACAGACAAAAUAAAGAGAAAAAAAAAAUCCACACGUUGAGGAAAAAGGGAAGCGGCAGAAAAAGCAAAACCAAAACAAUGAAAUAAAAGGACAUAAAACGAAGA